AUGAAGCAGCAAUUUCUCCCUCCUUUUACCAGCCUUCUCCUUGUGGUCCUGCUAUUUUCAGGAUUGUCCGGAACCCAAUAUGUUGACCACUCAAGCACUGAGGGUCCCAGAGAACUUGGGGAACAAUCUCCUGGUCACUCAUCACACCAACAAGUAAAACGCUAUGUCUUACCACCACGUACUCCCCCAUAUCAGGAACCUGAGCCAGAUUUCAAAGUUGUCAACUGCAAGAAAAGUGAAGGCUACUGUCAAAAAUAUUGUAAUUAUAUGGAAACACAAGUAGGCUACUGCUCUAAAAAGAAAGACGCCUGCUGUUUACAUAGAAACUGA